AGGUGACGUCACUAAUUAUCCGCACAGCACAACAAUGCCGAUCACCGUGUGUAAACUUAUUCUCGGUCACUUCGUCGUCAUUGUCGUUAUUUCGUGUUGUUUCUGCAGAUAUGCGAAUCCCGAGGAUAAUCCUAAUAUUCCAGGAAUCGCCAAAUAUUUCAGCACGAAGGGGAGGUAUGAGGAAGUCAACCCACAUCUGUUAGAGGACAUUCUGUCUGUGAACGCUUCCAUUCUGCAGCCGCCAUCUGCGCAGUGCCGACAAAUCUAUCUGACUGCAGUCAUACGACAUGGAACCAGAUACCCGACCACCAAAAACGUCAAGAAAAUGCAGCAGCUCCACAAGAUUGUCCUGGAUAAAGCUUCCUUCAAAGACAGCUGGUUGCGUGAGAUCCAGACCCAGUGGAGGAUGUGGUACACUGAGGACAUGGACGGAAAACUGGUCCAGAAAGGAGUGAGUGAUCUCAAGCAUUUGGCUGUCAGGUUGUCCAAACUGUUCCCCUCCCUGAUCUCUGAGGAGAAGCUGCGAGGUGGACUCAUCAAAUUCAUAACCAGCUCCAAGCACAGGUGCGUCAACAGCACUUUGGCCUUCAAGGCAGGACUGACCCAACUGUGGGCUAUUGAAGAUCAAGGCUUUGAGCAUGUAGUGAAUGAUGCUCUGAUGAGGUUUUUUGACCGGUGCACCAAGUUUGUGAAGGAUGUUGAGGACAAUCCGUCAGCUAUGGCAGAGCUGGACAAGUUCAAGAUGGGACCAGAGAUGCGGAGAGUUCAGGAGAAGAUCGCCGAUCGCCUCAGAGUGCCGUACAGUCUCAUCACAGAUGAUAUGGCUGAAGCGGCGUUUUAUUUGUGCGCUUACGAGUUUGCCAUCAAAACCAUAAACUCCCCGUGGUGUCGGCUCUUUGACGAGGUGGAUGGGCAGGUUAUGGAAUAUGCAGGUGACCUGAAGCAGUUCUGGAAAAGAGCCUAUGGUUACAACAUAAACAGCAAGUCAAGCUGCAUCCUCUUUCAUGAUAUGUUUAGUCGUUUGGACAAAGCAGCCAAUGAGAACAAGUCUGGUCAGCCGAUGACUGAAGCUGUGACAGUGCAGAUUGGUCACGCAGAGACCCUCCUUCCGCUUCUUACCCUCCUGGGCUUCUUCAAAGACAUUGACAUUCUGACAUCUACCAACUACGCCACCCAGACGCAACGCUCUUUCCGCACCAGCCGCAUGUUACCUUACGCAGCAAACUUCCUCCUGGUGCUGUAUGAUUGCGGGGACGGCGACUUGAGACUGCAGCCACUGCUCAAUGAGCAACCUUUGACUUUCCCCGGCAUGACAGAAGAGCAGGUCUCCAUGCCGCAGUAUCAGCAGGUCAAAGAGCACUACAGAGAUCUGCUCUCAGGCUGUGACUUUGAGACGGAGUGUCAGCUGUUUUCACAUCCAUCUGAGGCGUAGGUCAAACGGGA